AGGUUUGAAGAAGAGAAAAACGAACUUUUUGUGUCAUAACUCCUCUUUCGUAAUUUAUGAGGACUAGUUUUUCUUCUCCACCCCCCUCCGUCGUUGACGAAUGCCUGGGGGCGGCUUGGUUUUCAACUUCCCUACUGUACGCAGAUAGUCUCCAUCCAACUACAAAAGUUGUCCACCGUUGAGUUUCCUCCUCCCCUUUGCACGCAUGUUUCAUCGUUUGAGAUCUUUGCAUGGAUUGUGUUCACAAAGUUCACCCGGCUAUUCCCGUAGCCCCGUAAUUCGACACCGGCGGCGGGUGCCGGAACGUCUGCCGUUGUCGCAAACAAACAAUGGCGAGUAGUACGUCUCAGGCACCGUCAUCCAGGUCGUCGUGGAAGCGACAUUUUGAGACGGCCCUCCAACGGGCGACAGCUUCCGCAGACAAGUUUCUGCAGUGUUCAUCCAGGGUUCUCCUCAGCAGCAGGGAAAACGCACCUUCGGUUCGAGGCCCGUCGUCCUGCACAGACAGCGUAUCUCCUCUUAGUGUAGUUAGUUUCCCGAGGCAGUGCGGCCUACCUUCGGGGGAUGCUUUCUUUCGAGGAAGGCCACCGGGGAACGCAGCACAGGGGGGGUCGAGUUGCGGCAAAAAUGCCAGUUUUGGCUAUCCCCUCGUUUCCGGCACAAAGGAAGCCAGCGUAUCUGCCGUCCACAGCGAUUUCAUUUCAUACGAGGAGACGAAGGCGCUUGCGCGCUUCAAAGGCAGAGGACGCGAGUAUAUCCCGCCGAAAUUGACAAAGGAUGGCGGAGUGCUCUUUGGCGGCUCCGGUUCGAAGGUCACUUCGCAGAUGAAACGGCAGUUAGAAUGCGUCACAGUGGUGACGAAACGGGAGAAGGUGAACAAUAUUUUGGAUCUGACAACGGAGGCAUCCCAGCGCACCCUGAGAAAUACAGAUCUUCCUUUAUGUCAGGAACCUGAUUUAGGGAGUUUGUACACCAAACAGCUGAAAGAGAUUGAGAACGCGAAGGAGUGCCUCAAAGACAUACAUGUCCAGAAACCGUGGCAAACCUGGCCACCAAAGGAGGAGACGCUCACUCUCGUGCACCACACUGCUUCUCGAAAUCCACUCUCACCCUUCACAGAGCUUCAUGACCCCAUCGAGAAUCGAGAGUAUGCAGACAGCUGGAGAUGUCCUGCACCACCCUCUCUUGGUUCCGGUUUCCGGUAUUCGGAACAGUCAGGUUUGAAUUCGCCCACUCCGUCGGAUGCCAUGGCUUCCUGGUUCAAACACAAAAAAGCCGACGAAACACAUGACGAUUCUGCUCAAGAACUCUCCAACUUUGUGGCUCUUUUGCACACCAUCUCAGAAGAAUCAAUGAAGCUGCCACCACCGAAAAAAAAGGUUCAGACGCCCACGAACCCCCUUCACCCCCUGUUGAUCAGGGACACAGCCGGAAGUGCGGAUGCUUCAGGGGCCCCCCAGCCAGUGGUCUUGACUGUUGUGCGGCAAGAAGGAUUGAAGGCCAAGCUGGAAGCAAUUGAUGGAGACGCCGUUAGUGCUCGGGCUGCUCCUGCCGCAAAACGCAAAAAUGAGAAAGAAGCAAGUGUACAGACAGCCGAUCCGCCUCCACAGCUGAAGCCCACGGAGGCGAAGUCGAAAAGUCCGCCCACGAGUGCGCCCAAGGGUCCGAAAAUUUCCAGAACACUAACAGACUUGGCGGUCUCGGAAUCGUCUACGUCUGAGUCGGAGGCUUCGCCAAGACUUGUGCCCUUGUCGCAAGCAAUGGAGCCUGUCGCCAUUGUUCCAGCAGAACUGUCUGCCGCAGCUCCUGCGGCGGCGACUUCGUCAGGUGUAACGGAGUUGGGAACUCGCUCUCGGACUCCUAGAAGGGCGAGUCGGAUGGAGCUUCGUCGAAAAUCGAUACAGGAUAUAGAACGCGCCAUUGCGGAACGGAAAGCGCGAGACCGUUACAACGAAUACCUCGACCUGGUUAACGGUUUACCGCGACGGUGUCUGCCGCAGCUGAAUGGCGACGAAGAGGACGACUCAAGUAGUCGCAACCUACGACAGAGUGAACUGUCUGUGGACUUGCCUCCAUGGCUAUAUUUUCUGGACACUCACACCACGCUACCAGAGCCUGUGGGCAUGUCCACGGUGGUUCCAAGCGUGAUGGUGCCUCGACUGCAAGACGCAGCCUUUGAGGAGGAUGAGUUGUCGGCCGAAGAUCUUCCGGGGUUCGCUGCAUUCGAGCAACUUACGAAUCUCUUUGCUCCCGGAUUCAAGGAAUUUUUAUAUCCGGAGUACGACCCCAGCAGCGCGUCCCCGAUGGCCAUUCCCAUGAUCCAACUCGUCGACCCUGACAAGGUCAACGUGUGGCAGGAGGUUGCGGAGAACGCCCUGCACGAGGAAUGGGAACUCACUCAGAGAGAGUGGGGAACCCCGCUGCAAGCUGAGAUCGAGGCAUACCAGAAGCUUGAGCGGAAGCUUUUCGCCAGGAGGAAGAAGCAAGCUCGUCAACGCGUUAUCGCGGAGCGCAAAAAAGAUAUCAACCAGGACGUGGAUCUCGUGCAACGGCGACUGCGACAAGAUAUUCAGCAACAGUACGACGAAUUUGUGUCGACUGAAGCGCCGCUACAACAGUCCAUGCAGCAUGAGCUAAAUAAGGGCCUUCGAGCGAUCGGAAGCUGCCGAGGCGGAAGGCGAGCCUGGGCAGUUUUUAACCGGAGUAUCCGGAGUGAGGCGACGCAACGCAGAGAAGCAAGUCCAAGCUACAAAAGACGGCUGGAAGAAGAUGCCUUCGGCUUCGUUCCUCCUCCGGCUGUAGGGCGACGAUGCGGGAGACAGGCGACUAGAGCAGGACGUGGCCGAAUGCCUGGCGGGCAUGCCCGUGCCUCUGAAACUGUCUCAUCUCAAAAAGGCGAAGACAAAUCCACUGCAAUGGGGGACCGUGGUAUAAAAGGAGCUGGAGGUGCUGGGCAGAGGCGUGAGCCAAUCGAAGAUGAGUCAAGUUUGACUAGCGAGGAGAUGGAAAAUCAAGCCGUCGACCUUUUACGACAGCGUGACCUGGACCGCAUGUUACAGGAUGCUGCAUCGCAAAUUCGUCCCGAUUUCGGCAAGCGUGUCGCCUCCCCACCUGCCAAAGUGGAGCAGACCCGGCUCUCGUCUCCAGCUGACGGUUCUUUGCAGCAGCAUGAUGCUGACAAUGGUUUCCAUGUCCGGAUGCUUCAGCAGCGCAUGCGUGCGAGUGAGGUAGCCACUAAGAUAGAAAACACGAGUAGUCUUGUCGCAUAUGGAGAGGUUCCAUCCCAAGUAAAGGAACUUUUUGGACACGGAGUAAAUCGUCUUCCGAACUCUGCUGGUAGUGUAUCAGAAAAUGCCUUCGUUGGGCUUCUGGGAAGCCACAUUCCGCAUGAAGUGGGCCCCUCCACUGUCAGCGACUCGAAGACGAGAGGCAGUUCUGCGGGCAGGCUCAUCUGUCAGGCUUCCCAGAGCAAAAGCGCGUCAAGCCAACUCUGUAUAGGAGGAUCGGAUCCUCUUAACGUGGAUGGGAAUGAGCGGAGAGAUUCACGUUCGGGAAUCGCACAGGGGCUAGAACGAGUACCCACCCCCACGGAAGCCGACAGCGAUUUCGAGGAAGCAAACCGAGAUGAAGAUGCCUUUUGCCCACUUCCAACGUUGGGGCGGCACAUUGAUGCAAGCGACUAUGAAAGACAGCCUGAACCCAUGGAAGUCAUAACGUCAAAAGAUGCAAUAGAUGUGACCUUGCAUUCAGCGAACCUCCGGGACAAACAAUCCUGUCGAUGGACGCAGGUGCCGAGUUUGCCGUGUGACGAGCAUUCUUUCCACGAAGAGCCAACACAAGAAGAGCUUCAGGUUGACUGUCAUGUCAGUCUUAAUAGGCACGAUUCGCACGACGAGGCACAGACAAGUUCUCCAUCAUGUCGUUCGGGAAAGGGCCGUUUACUUUGUUCUUGGUCGGCGAUCGGAGACAGCGGCAAUGAUGAGAAUGAGGGAAAAUGUCGUUCUAUGUGUGAGAGUGGACACGCUGUCCGCUGUGUGGGUGCAAGACGUUCGGGCAGGUGUCAGGCCUCCCGCCUGUCGAAGAUUGACAAAGAAUGCGACGCAGACAAAUGUGGUUUCGAUGCAACAAAGGAUGGCACUUCAUUCAGUCCACGAUCUUUUCAGACCCUCAUUAACGAGGAAAAACAGGGGCAAAUCCCCCAUGCGAAAGGCAAGAGAUUCGGGGAGACCGCUUCUGAACUCGACGAACCAGGAACAAGCUCGGUGGCGCAUGAAGGUGUUUUUGAUUCUCCUUCCAGCUACAUCAGUACUAUAUCUCCUCGAUCUCCUCGAGGACAGCAGGCGCUGGUAAAAACAGACAGUUUCCAGUCAGUACCAAGGAAGCAUGCAUUUUCUAAGGAAGACGUGAGACAGUGCCCUGGACAGCGUCAAGGAUCUCCCGUCCCCAGAGAUCUCGGCAAACUAGAGCACUCCUUACAGGAGAGUAGUGAGGUUGUUGAGGUCACUCGGAGAGGUACGACAAAUGCGCCGGGUGAGGAGCAAGGGGUUACAUCCCGGUCUUCUGUGACCACGGAAUCAGACUUCAACCACCAGAAGCAGUUGCUCUAUAAACAGAAACCCCACCUUCGAUCGCUGUUUAGGCCCCUCAGCGCAGAAAGGGUCCGCCGACCUUCUAAAUUCCCUUGGGACGACGAGGUCAUCCCAACUUGCCGUGCCCAAGGAGAGACCCCUGUGCUGUCUCUUGGUGAGGACCCCUCGUACGCAAAAGAUAAUCUCUGUAACUUCAACUCUUCUCCCCGGACGCGUGAAAAAUCUAGAACCGAACGUGGUGCAUCAGUAACGAAUAGUUUUUGUGGAACAUCCGGAAGAGAGACACCUCCUGGUCAACAAGAGUGGCCAUGCAUUCACCAUUCUCCCCAGCGUCAGUCCCAGCCUUUUCUGAGACGGGGUUGUGGUGAGGGAGGCGGAAGAUACCACAAGAGACACGAGAGCAACCGAAAGCGUCCUCCCGUCAGAAAUGAACUGACUGUCUCACCAAGGAACCAAACACAACUGGAGGUAUGCAAUUCGGCCGAAACUGUGUCGGGUUUGAAACUAUCUCCAUUCAAAGAGGAAAUUGGCGUCGGUAACUACAGGAAAUCGUCACCUCGUGAUGCAGCUACCGUAUUCGAUAUUCAAUCAUCGCGUUCUGCUUCUGAUUUAUGUACAGUGUCAAUUUCUGGAGGAUCAGCUGACAGUAUGAUCGACUUCCCAGUGCUGUGGCCGAGCAUCCGUUCCCUCUAUAAAAGCUCCGAGUGUUCGCGACGUUGCAGAAAGUCUCCAUCUGACAGGAACCCGCUUGUGUGUAUCGACGAAGCCAACAGAUGGGACGGAACACAGGAUCGCAGCAAACCCCACGAAUUUCUGAAGAAAGGAAGCGGCAGAUGUGCAGGACAAUCCAAGCAAAAGGAGGAGUCGUCUGCUACCAGCAGGCCUACGACACCCCGGCACGCGUCAACCGCAGGAGGCGCGAGCCCCCGUGUGGAACCUGAGGAUAUUCUUUCGGCGACAGGAGAGGGAAGAACACGGGUGUGUAUGCGAUUCGAGAAGGGAGAGAGGAAUUCUACACCUGGCAGUCAAUCAGUGGCGACAGAAAGAGCUUCUUCUGGAUCCUUGAAGCGUUCGUCAAGUGAAGACGCAGGCAGACGAGCAGGAGAGAAAGAUAAAGUCCCGUACACACGUUUAGUCGACUUGUCUUCCCAUUUCCAACGUCCGCGUGUGCGGUGGGGGAAUCCAAUUUCUCAGGCUUUUUGUGAGUAGCAUUGCUUAACUUCGUGCUCGUUAACAUAUUCAGUAGUGCCUGGAAGUGUACACUUGUGUCGACACGUGUCU